AUGCUAUACUCAGCUCCAUCUCACAGACCAUCGUCUUCCUACACUCUGGAGGAGUCAGCUGAAAAUAUAUUUCAGACGUCUUCUCAAAAACAAAUAAAACCUUCAUAUAUCCCAAAAAUUGGUGAACAUGAAGCAGCUAAAGGAUUUCUUGUAUCACUAACCUCGGGUUACAGUGAAUCUGAAAUGCAUCGUUUUACCUCAAGUCGAAUAGAACAAGAGACAAGAACCACUCCGUCUUAUAGUUGUAUGUCCACAGCAUCUACAAGUUACACCCAAAUGUCUACAGGAAUUCCUUUUGAAAUUGGAGCGGAAAAGUUAUCAUCACAUCAUAUCAAACCGUCUGAACGUCAUAUGUUAAUAAAACAAGAAAGUCCACUGUGUGUAGAUCUACCUAAGUUCACCUCGCAUUCUCAUCCGCCGACAGAAAGUAAAUCAAUGAAAUUUCCUAUGCCUUUUAUAAAACAAGAAAUGCUUGCUCCUGAAACAUAUAGACAACUACCUUUGCAUAGUGAACGUCAUGCUUCUUUCUCAAUAUCUCCUACUCAAAAAUCACUUCAAAGACAUUAUUCUGUUCCAGAAGGACCUGUUUUCGAAAAAUCUGAUAUUUAUAACAUUUUACAUACAAAAUCAGCUCCGUCUGGAGAAGAAUAUUAUAUCUCAUCUCCUAGUGAAUAUCCUGAAUCAUUCUUUUCAAGUCAGACAAUCAGAACUCUAAGUGCUGAAGCUUUUCCAGGUUACCUGUCAGAGCUUACCAGCAGACCAUCACUUCCGUGUGAACCAGGUCCAUCAACAGUUAUGCAUAAAAGGUUCACAUCAUGUAAUGCUACUGCAACUUCUUUAGAAAAACGUCGAUACUGUUGUCCUGAAACAGAAUGUGGGAAAAGAUUUGCUCGACCUGAUGAAUUAAAACGACAUCAUAGAAUACACACUGGAACUAAACCAUUUAUGUGCAAGUAUUGUCCACGUUCUUUCGGUCGUUCAGAUCACUUAAGAACGCAUACACGUUCACAUACAGGUGAACGACCAUAUAUGUGUGAAGCUUGUGGACGUAAAUUUGCUCGUUCAGAUGAACGUACAAGGCAUAAAAAGAUUCAUGGUUGUGGUUUAGUUAAAGAAACACCAUCAAGUGAAACUUCAUUCCCUGGUAAAUCAAUUCAUAAACCGCCUACAUGUGAAGUCACAUGCGUUUAUUCAUCACAUGAACAAAGUUUGAGUAUGUCAAUACCUAGUACCUUAUCUCAUAGUCCAUAUAUGCAGCCUAAUAUUUUUCAACCAUCUAGUUAUCCUCCACCAAUUCUCUGGCAGAGUACUUCAUCUGAAUCAAUUCCUAAUAUGCCUCCAUUUCAAGAUAUUUCAGUGGAAACAUUACGCCCACUGCCAUAUUUUCAACCGACAAUUGUUUCAUCAUUUCCCAGUAGCACAUCACCAUAUUUAACCAGUACAACAUCAACCUCCACGGAUACUCAAAGAGACUGGAAAACGUAUACCCCGCUAACAUCUCCAUCAAAUCCAGUGACAACUACGGAUUCUAUUUAG